AUGGAUUUUGAAACCAAACCAAAUAUGAAUGAGAAUCAGCAGCCUCAAUUGGUACAAUCAUCAUCGUCGCCGAAUGUAGAUAAUUCAUCCUUAGACCAUCCAAACUCUCACCCAACUGUAAAUCAUGUUAUUCAUGAAGAAAAUGGGAAUGAUGAUGAAGGGAGAUAUGCUCAUGAUGAAAUUCAUCUAAAUAAUCAUCACAACCAUAGUAAUCCGUUGACCGCUGGUAGUAAAGUUUGUGGAGCUGCAUUUAAUACCAUGCCAAUUUAUGAUCCACAAGGCAGCUUAGUUGGCCUACAAGCAUCAACAGAUAGAAAUUUGUUGGAAGAUUUUGAUAACGAAGGAAGAAAUGAACCUCUUGGGUAUAGUACAUAUUUAGAAUCUGGUUUUCACCAUCAUCAUCUUCAUAAUCAGUAUAAUUCGGCUCUUCAACAAAAUGCAAAUGUGGUUCCAGGUGAAUAUAAUUUACCAUAUGGAGCAUAUGCUUUUAAAUCUCAAAAUCGUCAUUUGUUUACACCGCUACCAUGUCAACAGCAACAACAACAACAAUAUCACCAGCCAAACUAUUCUUUUCUCCAUAACUAUCAACAAGCACAAUACCAGCAACCACAGAGUCAUCAACAAGCCCAUUACGUUCACCAGUAUCAACCUCAAGCAGCUAAGACACUUCUAGUUAGGUCUGCUUCAGGCAUCAUUGGCAUAGAUCAAAAUAACCAUAAUAAUCCUGAUGCGUUUAGACCAUUAUCUAAUGAAACAUUUGACAAAUGUCCCAUAGUUUGUAGUCUAUUCGUCAUAUUGUGUUGUCCAAUUACCAUAUGGUGUUCAUUACCAGCGUUAGUUUAUUCGCUAUGUGCCUAUAGUGAUUAUCGUGCCUCAGAUAUUAUUCAGUAUAGACGUAAGAGUGACAUCUCAAGGCAUUUAGUGUUUACAGCAUGUUUAGUUGGUUUAUUAUUAUGUAUAAUAUGGGCAAUUUUAACAUUCUUUUACUAUGAAUUUAUGUUAUCAGUAUUUAAUGAUAUUAUACGUGUAAUUUCUCAGAGAAUACGAUCCGACACAAGCUGCUACGGAAUCUUUGAAAUGGCGUACAGAGAAGUUCUCCAUUCUUCUUCUGAAGAUGAAUCUAGCAGCAAUGAUGACAUUUGUUGGAAACGAAGAAAAUCAGAUAUUCGAGCCUCACCAAUGAAAGAGGAUUUCAGUGUAAAUAUCCCAAAGAAACCAUAUAGAAAAAAUCGCAACUGUGUUUGGGUAAAUGUUAUUAACGAAUACAAAUUGGAUGAUGCUUUGUCAGUAGCUCAUGUUCAUGAAAAAUGUGACUCUAGCAGGGGUGUUGAAAGCUAUUUGGUUAACACAGAUACUGAUGAUGAACGGAAGACUAUUGAAGUAUGCACUCAACCAGAGUUGUCUACUAGAAUAUUAAAAAAACCAGAUCUCUCUAUCAAGCAACGGCUUGGACCACUUCUAUGGGACCAGGAAGUAUCUAGAUCACAUAUUGAUGUUACUUUCGACAGUCCACCCGAUCUUGUCGCUGAAACUAUCACUAAUCUACUAAAAGAACCGAACGAGGAUUUAAUAAAGCGAACUGUUGAUAUUUUGGGUGUUCAGCGAGCUCUCGAAUUUUACUACCUUACGGAAGAUAUCGAGAACAAUGGUGGUCUCUACUUAAUGGAUGGGUCUCGAAGACGAUCACCUGGUGGUGUUUAUCUUAACCUAAUCAAACAUUCCUAUUCAGUAAAGAAAGAAGAAAAGAAGUUGAUCUUUCUGAUUGAUAGACAAAUGAAGGAUAAGUUGAAAAGAGCUCGCAGGAAUUCUCGUCGUGUAAGAAAAUAUGAAGAGUCAGAUAUUGUAUGCGAACUUCCAAGCAAUCCAGCGAAAUCAGUCGAAUCCGAUUGUCCUUCUCCUUUAGAUAUUCACAGUUCUCAAGAACCAGUUAUUUUGGAAGGUGAAAUUUCACAACCUGCUUCUCCUGUAAUUACAAUGGAUACAACGUGUGCAAGUCCGUGUGAAAAAUCACCUGAAGAUAAUGAAAGUAUGGAAGAAGGUGAAUUGCCUCCUAGUGAUGACGAUAUCUAA